UCUAAAAAAUCAGUUGUAUAAAAUUCCGUGGUGUAGAAUAUUUUAGAAUUCACUCGCCAAGUAGUAAGUAGCGAGUAGCGAGUACCGAGUACCGAGAACCACAACCAGGAAACGAGUUCCGUUGCUGCGAUCGAUAUAAAUAGACAGCGGAGUCCGAGUCCACAUAUCAGUGGCAGCUUCAAGAUGCAUUGCCAGUGUCGGUGUCAGUGUCAGCGUCUCAUGGUCAUGGUCUUUGUACUGACCCUGCUGGUAGCCAGCAGCAGCGGCGCCAACAUCGCCCUCAGCACCACCGUGGAGACAGUCAGCGGUGCACCAGCGCACAUCUGCCUGCUGCCGCCCGUGUGCGAGCCUGACAGUCCGCGGGUCUGCGGCAGGUUCCCCGAUGGUAAGUGCCAGCGCUUCAACAACAUCUGCCACCUGCUGGAGGCCCAUCACAACGGGAAGCCUGCCUAUGUGCGGCACGUGCCUGUCCGCGAGUGCCGCUUCGUCGCUGCCGUGGGGCACCACUACAGACGCCCCUGCAACGGCGGCUGCACUGCGCGUCGCGUCCCCUGCAAGCGUACGCCCCACUCGGCGGAGAUAUGCGUGCGCUCCAGCAGCCGCAAGGAGUGCCAGCUGCUGGCCAACAGCUGCCAGCUGCGCCAGCAAAACUGCCACGCAACGCCGCGCCACAGUGAGUGAUCCGCAGAUCUUCUAACUG